UGUUACUUAGCUGUUGGUUACAACUGUUUUGUGACUACAACAACAAGAACUGCUAACUCAAAAUUAAGAGGACAGACUGAAGCACUUUACAUAUUAACCAAAUGUAACAAUACACGUUUUGAAUUCAUUUUUACAAAUGUGGUUCCUGGGAGCCCCAGACUUUUUGCCUCAGUCAUUGCUGUACACAGAGCUUAUGAAACAUCUAAAAUGUACCGUGAGCUUAAACUGAGAUGUGCAUUAAUUCAAAACAAGCAGUUGAGAUUGUUACCAAAAGAACAAGUAUAUGAUAAAAUAAAUGGAGUCUGGAAUUUAUCUAGUGAUCAGGGAAAUCUGGGUACCUUUUUUGUUACAAAUGUAAGAGUAGUUUGGCAUGCUAAUAUGAAUGACAGCUUUAAUGUCAGCAUACCAUAUCUACAAAUUCGCUCAGUAAAGAUCAGAGACUCAAAAUUUGGCUUGGCCCUUGUCAUUGAAAGCUCUCAAGCGACUGGAGGUUAUGUGCUUGGAUUUAAGAUUGACCCAGUUGAAAAACUAGAGGAAACAGCAAAAGAAAUAAAUUCACUGCAUAAAGUCUUCUCAGUUAAUCCUAUAUUUGGAGUGGAUUAUGAAAUGGAAGAAAAGCCUAAGCAGCUGGAGGAUCUGACAGUGGAGCAGGUACAGGAUGAUGUAGAAAUAGAGGCAGAUGAGCAGACAGAUGCUUUUGUGGCUUAUUUUGCUGAUGGGAACAAGCAACAGGACCGUGAACCUGUUUUUUCUGAAGAGCUAGGACUUGCAAUAGAAAAACUAAAAGAUGGAUUCACACUGCAAGGACUCUGGGAAGUAAUGGGUUGACAUUAAUCUAAACUAUUAUUUAAUAGAUAAAUAAAAACUUUUAUAGUCUCUUAAAGUCAUGCCUCAGUACUUUUCAACAAAGAGCCUAUCUGUUUUAUGGAGAUUUUGUGAAAGAACAGAUGUACAGUGUAUAGUUUUAAUGUUACUAUAAAAUAAUUAUAUUUGUAAGAUAUAUGUAUGUGUUGUAUUUUUAAAAGGUGUAUAUAGUGCUUUCGUUGCUUAAAUUUUAAAUUAUUUGUUUAUUUAGAAGUUUUGUAUUGAUUGCAUGAUUGUAAAUAUAAGUGUUAUUUAAGGAAAUAAAAUGAGAAAAAAUG